AUGAGGCCUCCUCAGGGAACCAGCAGAAAGGCUCUCAAAAGCAGGCGCGUACCAAGCCAAGGGCUAGGGCUUUAUCCGAACAAGGACUCCCGCGGGGUAGAAGGGAGGGCUUCCACAGAGUCUGACGGAGGAAAAAGAGAAGUAGUAAGCUCGGCAGAGCGAAGGAAAAGCCUUCAGAGAGCGGGGGUAGGCCGGAAGAAAGAAGUCGGGAAGCGACAUUACGUUGAAGGAUCUCGAAGAAAGCUCAUUCGGGAUGCUUUGAUCCUUCUUUCAUUCUUUAGAGGGGAGUCAGUCGUCAUGGAAAAAGCAUAA